UCAUCUUCAUCAUCAAACACUAUCAAAAGAAAUACGACAACAGCAACAACAGCAGCAGUCAUGUCUGUACUCUGGCCUCCUGAUUUUUACUCUGAUUUCACUUCAAGAUUCUGGAUGACUUAUCGACACAAUUAUCCACCCAUUCGACCUUCACAUUACAAGACGGAUAUUGGUUGGGGUUGUAUGUUGCGAAGUGGACAAAGUUUAUUGGCCAAUGCGUUACUGAUCCAUUUCUUGUCUCGUGACUGGCGACGUACCGAUCCAUCUGAUCCUACAUGGAAAACAUAUACAAAGAUUGCUCAUUGGUUUUUGGAUGAAUUGUCUCCAAGAGCUCCCUUCUCUAUCCACAGAAUUGCACUACUUGGAAAACAAUUGGGAAAAAAUAUUGGUGAAUGGUUUGGCCCAAGUACCAUCAGUCAGGUGAUUCAGGCUCUUGUAUCUGAUUUUCCGGAUGCUAAUAUGGCAGUAUACAUUGCAACAGAUGGUGUCAUUUAUCGAAAAGAUGUACAUGAUGUGGCCACAGGAAAGAAACCACGAGGUGAUUUUGGAUACUUGAACACUAGAACACCAAUGGAUGUAGAACGUGAAGAAGCUAGAACAAUAUACACUCUAUCCAACAGUGUGGAUCAACACAACAACGAUAUAUUCAAUACUAAUACCAAUCAAGAUCCUUCUCCUACUCAACCUCCUUUCAAGUCCACUUUGAUCUUGGUGGCCAUUCGACUAGGUAUUGAUAGUCUUCAUCCAAGUUACUAUCCUGCUUUAAAGACAUGUUUCCGCCUUCCUUACUUCGUUGGUAUUGCUGGUGGAAGACCGAAUUCUUCAUUGUAUUUUAUGGGUUUACAAGAUGAUGAAUUAAUUUACAUCGAUCCUCAUUUCUCAAGAUCAGCAUUGGAAACGAAAAGUUUAGUAGAUUAUACAGCAGAGGAUCUAGCAACAUAUCAUUGUACUAUCCCUCGAAAGAUUCAUAUAUCUCAAGUAGAUCCUUCCAUGAUGCUUGGCUUUUAUUGUCGAACCCAAGAUGACUUUGACAUUUUCUGUGAACAAAUCAAUCAGAUUGGUCAACGCUAUUCUGCCAUCUUUACCAUACAAGAGCAAGCACCAGAAUAUGAAGAAGACGUACGUAGUGAACAUGAUUUUGGUGUGAUUAGCGAUGAAGAUGAUGAAGACAAGGAUGAAUUGAAUUUAGUUAGUAGCCAAGUUGGUCAAGAAAAUACUUUAUGAUAGUUUUGUCCCGAUUUUACAUAUAUAUAUUAUGAUUACUGCCCAUACCAUUAUUUCAUAUUUAUUAAUGUGUUUAUUCUCUUCCCAUAAAAUAAAAAUCAUUUAUUCCAAUAAACUGUUAUUUAUACAAAUAA